AUGCAGCCAUCAGCCCCAGCCUCCCCUACUACCACUACUACUACUACCUCCUGGCUCCAAAGUGCCCUCGCCUCAAUUGGAUCCAUUUUCCAAACUUCCUCCAAGGAAGAUGAGUCUGAAACCGAUGCGAUUUCCGGAUGGGUUGGGACGAGAAGGCGACGCUGUCGAUCUGUCGGUGAGGCUCGUUGA